UGGAAUCACCAUUGUGAUUAUUUUCAGCCUUGCUUUUCAUUUCCUUUAUUCCUUCUAGAUUUUUAAUUAGCAUGUGUGAAAAAAAUGUUUUGGAUGACCUUUCUUAAUGCUGUAAUGAAACUCUUAACAAACAAUUUUAAUGCUUACAGGAAAAUUAUUCAAGGUCUUCAGGCUCAGUAUAAAAGAGAUGUAUCAAGACUGGAAGAUAAACUGAAAUUUGGCAAAUUCCCUUCCACUCAGCAGUCAUUACCAGAAAGUGAUGGCGGACCAGGGAAUAAUAGGAAUCAGAAGGAAUACAUUAAGCAAGAACCACAUUUUGAAAAGUGGCAACCAAUUGGACAAAUAAAAAGCUGGUUUCGUCACAAGAAAGGAACACCAAGGCAGGUUUGUGUAACGACACUAAGCCGAGGAAUGCUAAAAAUUGAUAAGGGAAGGGUUUUUAAAAACCCCCACAUUCACUGGAAGGCUUAG